CUCUUCCUGGUUGAUGUGGACACAAGGAAGAACUGCUGGGUGAGGUCUGCUGUUGUAGCUGAGUAAAUAAUGAAGAAAACCUGCGAAGUUGAGUGAGAAAAGCCAUGGAAUUGAUCAAGUUAGUGAGGUUUUAAAAGUCUCUUUUAUUCCGGACCAGCAGACAGUCUUUCCGGAGCUUCUCUUGUUCCGCUUCCCUUCCAUACCUCCAGUGUUGCGGUACAUCUCCCAUUAGCUCACUAUGGGUUGUUAGCUGCUAACCAAAGUCGCUAACGCUACGUGCCAGUGCUGUGCACCUGUCACCAGCUUCUUUGUCUCACUCAUGUCGGUGGCUUCAUUACCUAUUGUCUGUUAGUUUGCCGAACUUGUUAACAGAAACGUUAGCCACUUUUGUCUGCUCACUUUAACCAAAUGUUGAAGGCGUCACUGUCCGAAAACAGUCUGCACUGCCAAAGCUAGACAAAGAAGAUGAACUGACGAUAACUCCCUCCGUCCAGAAAUGUACGAUAUGAACUCUGUCUGCGUCCCACUGGAUAUUUAUGAACACAAAUAGUCAGCUAGUCCCCGAAAAUAUACAAAAAUGGCGUCCUCCAAAGUAAAGGUCGGAGUCAACAGUGAGACCAACUCCCUGAAAGAAAGUAAAAGCAACGCCAGCAGUUCAGCUGGAGAGGCUUCACCAAAUAACCGGAUAUAUUGCCUUGAUGACCUGGAGACCAUUGCUACAGUUGGCACAGGGACUUUUGGCCGCGUCUUCCUCGUCAAGGACAAGAAGAGCAGGGCCUUCCACGCCCUGAAGCAGAUGAAGAUCCCUGAUGUGAUCCGACUGAAGCAGGAGCAGCACGUCCACAACGAGAAGGAGGUGCUGACAGAGGUCAACCACCCCUUCCUCAUCCGACUGUUUUGGACCCACCACGAUGAGCGCUUCCUCUACAUGCUCAUGGACUACGUGCCGGGCGGCGAGCUGUUCAGCUACCUACGCAGCCGUGGGCGCUUCAGCAACGCUACUGGCCUCUUCUAUACCUCUGAGAUCGUAUGUGCCAUCGAGUACCUCCACUCCAAAGAAAUCGUCUACCGCGACCUGAAACCUGAGAACAUCCUGCUGGACAGCGAAGGACACAUUCGCCUCACCGACUUCGGCUUCGCCAAGAAGCUCUCUGACAGGACCUGGACUCUGUGUGGCACUCCUGAGUACCUGGCCCCCGAAGUCAUCCAAAGCAAAGGUCACGGCCGAGCGGUGGACUGGUGGGCUCUGGGGAUCCUCAUCUUUGAAAUGCUGGCUGGGUACCCGCCAUUCUUUGAUGACAAUCCGUUCGGAAUUUAUCAGAAGAUCCUAGCCGGAAAACUGGAAUUCCCACGCCAUCUGGAUUUUUAUGUCAAAGACCUCAUCAAGAAAUUUCUGGUCAUUGACCGAGCCAGACGGCUAGGCAACAUGAAGAAUGGAGCAGAAGAUGUAAAGAAACAAAGGUGGUUCAAGACAGUAGACUGGGAGGCAGUUCCUCUGAGGAAACUGAAGCCUCCCAUUGUUCCUAAGGUUUCCCACGAGGGUGACACCUCUAACUUUGAUGUUUACCCAGAGGACGACUGGAAGAAAGACCCUCCCGUGCCUCAGAAGGACUUAGAGAUCUUCAAAAACUUCUGAUCACUCAGCUUGGUUAAUUUAUUGCUGGAAUAUCCCAAGAAUUGACACAACAUAUUGUAAAGUUACCGUUACAGGUACCGUCAUGGAGAGGAUCCUUAUUUAUCGAAGCGGGGGGGAGUUAUGUAAUAAUGGCCUCCCCCGGAGACAAACUCCAAAUGAUUGAUACUGUGACGUGUGUCAUACCACAGAGAUGAUUUGCUUUUUAUAUUUUUAUUUAUAUGACUUGAGUCAAACCUUUUGCUGUUUUUAUUUUAAUUUUUUUAUCACAUUUUUUCUCUGAGCCUGCUCAUAUGCAAAAAAAAAAAAAAAAUCUGGUUCCACUGAAACCAAAAGACUGUUACUUUCUAGGUUUAAAAAAGAGAAUAUUCAGGUCUUUUUUUGAUAUUAUCAUGUUUCAUUUUGUAUCUCUUUUUAAAAUGUUCAUGCAGUCAUAUUUAUUGUGACUCCAGACUGGUGCUGUAGCUGUCAGCGGGCCAGUAGCUAUUAAUGUGCGGUUUUAGACUCUUAUACUGUAUGUAGUCAUGAAUCAGCCACUUUAUUUGAAAAUGCGUGACCCGUAGCACUUGUAAAAAGGUGCCUUACAUCAUAGUUUGAUGGGCAUGAUGUCUCGCAGUUACAUAAAGUUCACUUGAAAUAGUGCUUUUCUCAGCCUUCAACGCUAAUAGAAGUUGAAUCAUGGGACUGUUGGUACAUGUGAGGUGCUGUUGUAGAGAGCAGGCUGCCUAGUGUGCUGCCGUGUCUCCUACUGUAACGUUUUCUUCCCCGAGCUCUGUCAAUUCCUGUUGCAGCAGCUUUAUUUGCAGCCAAAGGACUUUGUUAUUACCAUACAGUCACAGCUGUUCUACAAAUGAACUACAGACUCUCCCAUGACACUUCCCUCAUCAUCAUCAUCAUCAUUAUCAUUGUUGUCGUGCUUUUAAAAGCCGGGUUAUAUGAGGUGAAGGUGAGGUCAAUAUUUAAACGUGCUACCAGGAGUGUUUGACUGGUUAUCAAACAGUCUUCAUUUUAUACUGAUGCCUCUAUAUGACCUACAUAAAAACAAGACCAUAGCUAGAAGAUUGGUUAUUUCUGUAUACCGCUUUUGUCCACAGGGGCCGCCAGAAUCAACACAAAAUUAAAAUUCCUUUUAGCAACUUUAAAGGUCCAGUGUGUAACAUUAAGGAGGCUCUGUUGGCAGAAAUGGAAUAGUAUAUUCGUAGGUAUGUUAUCAUUAGUGUAUAAUGACCUGAACAUAGGAAGAAUUAUAAUAAGCUGUUUAUAUCUACAGACACUGCAGGUAGCCUUCGAUGGAGGCUGCCAUGUUCAACCACCAUGUUUCUCCUGUAGCCUAAAAGGGACAAACCAAACACUGGCUGUAGAUAGGGCCUUUCAGUAGCUUCAUGGCCACCGUAGUUUCUCCAACAGACUUCACAACCUGUUCCCUUUCCAAGGUCGUCAAAUACACAAACUAACGGUUUUGAGUUAGUUGCAACUUCACUGCUAGAUGCCAUUAAAUCCUACACACUGGUCCUUUAACUUCUCACUCUAUAGAGCUGCAUUACAGUUGACCGACAGUAUUCAUCAGCGUUUCAUGUUAUUGUGUAGUAGAGGCUUUGGUGUUUCGGGACAGUAUAGACCUUUCAAAAUAAAAUUCAUAUCUUUUUUUUUUUUUUGCUGCCAUUAAAAUCCAAGUGAUCCUGUGAUUUUUGUUCCUCAUCCUUCUUUAUAGAACUAACUGUCUGCACUGUAGAUUGGCAGAUUAACAGCGAAUAGUGUGAAACAUAGGAACAGAAUUGUCAUCCUUGUACAUUCUCUCAUUGGGUUAUGUUCUAAUAAGUGACAAGAUAAAAAGAUUAGAAAUAGUAGAGGAAUAGAUUCUAAGAUUUGCCAUUUUCUGGAACCCCAUCAAGGACCCCAGGUUGGGAAUCACUGUGUUAGUAAUGAAAUAAAAUGCAGAAAGACCAUUUUGAGUUAUAAAUCCAUGGUUUUUCAAAGAAAACGAGGACCUUCGUUUUGAUUGGUAUAAAAAUCCUAAAUCCUGCCGGUAGUUGAUUGGUCAACGCAGAACCUUGCUGGAUGAGAUCACAUUGUGUUUCGGCAACAUUUGGAGCCAAUUUUAUUUGCUGCGUUCUUUUGCAGGAGCCCUCUGUGUCACUACCAUCACUUUUCUAUCACAGUAGAAUGUUAAUGUUAGUGAAAAAAAGCCCUAUUUUUAUUUUCAGUGAACAGUUUUAGGACAUUUUGCCAUCUUCUAGCGUCCCAUUGCCUUCAAGCUGAAUAUUGUUUUGAUACACAGCUGACAACAUUUGCUCUCAUCAGUGCAACUUCCAGUUCUCUGCAGUGUAUCCGUUACCUCUCUGUGUUCUUGUACAGAAGGUGUUUCACGUGUCUUUUCUCUUAACAAUACUCAAACAAUUGUUAGAGCAAAUAUUCAGCAGGCACCUGACAUACUCAUCGCUCCACGCAUUGCCUCAUUCACACAUUCUCAUCUGGCUGCUGCCACACUUGAAUGUCAUCAACUAAGAAACAAAAUCUUGUUCUUGUGCUUUUUCUUCACUCUUACAUCACAGCUGUUCUGGAGAGUUCUUAUGUCCCAAAGGAAUGAAUCCCUCUGCCUCAUUAACUGGAUUUCUGAGGGCAAUAUCAAUAUUUUACAGGUUGAUCUAUAUUAUUUGAACACUGAAACCUUUGAGGUGUAAUGAAGGUAAAUAUUUUUAACUAUGGCUCCUUUUAAAUUUAAAAGGUUGUGACAAAUAUAUGUACUGAGUGCGACAUUUUACAGUUGAGAAAAACUUUAAAACGACACAAUUGAUUAAAAUGUUUAAUUGUAUUUUAGCCCCUCACCCACGCUGCUGCGAACAAAUCACACACAAAAAUCCAGAGAAGUGAGUUAACCACAGAAAAAAUGAAGGAAAAUUAUUAAUCAUUAUUAAAAGAGUGGAAAACCCUGUUAGAACCUUUUUAGCACCAGGCUAAAGGAUGGCACAAUCCUGGCACAUUCUGACCUCGACUUUUAGGGUAAUCCCUCAGUUUGCAGGGUCAUCCCAUGAAAGUCUACCGAACACGGGGCUAAAAGGGUCUCGUUAGGGUUAGUAGAAGUGCAAUGUGGAUCGUAUAGCUCUGGACUACCAGCGUGAAAAGUUUCCAGUGUCAACUCUGAACCCAGGACUUAAUCCCACUGUACUCCUGGAAAAUCAGAAUCAAGUUUCUGCAUAAAUACUUCCAUUUCCAUUGUACACCAGUCCAUCCCAUCAUGUUGAUUCACCAUCAAUGAAACACUUAAUUUUAAAAGUAUUAAUCCUAUCCAUCAUCCUCCCUUUUACAGUGAACAUGUGCAGUAUAUGGGCCUGCACACAUCAGCAUGUAUUUCCACAGCAGCAGCUCUGUCUCCUGUUUAUAUGUAGCUUUUAAUGAUGUAAAAAUCACCACUGUUGACAAUGCCUGUUAUAUCACACACCACUUUGUAUAUGUAAAGCUUUUUCUGCUGAGUAGAGGAGCCUGGACUCUCAGUGCGGUGCUCGUCCAUUUAGAGCAGUUUUUGUACAAUGCAUGUAAUGUCUGUAACCUCCAGCCCCCGCCCAUUAUGUCUCACCCAGAAUGCUUUGUCGGCGCGGUCAUACAUCGUUUUCUACCCAGUACAUAACAAUGCCUUUUAAUAUACAGUUACUCCCUUUAUACCUAUGGAAUGGCACAUGUUUGUAUGAAGACUAAAGAGUCUUUGAAAAUGUUUGAAAACCUGGAAGUGAAAAGAAAGAAACAUGUUCUCUU